AUGGCGCUACGCAAGCUGGCCGUGAAGCUGCGGAUCCCCGCCUCUCCCGCUCGCCGGUUCCUGUCGGGCACUCGCGAUUCGGCGGAGCCCGGUUGUCGGAACCUCCCUUUCUCCGACUCCGUCUCCGACCACACUGCGGUCGCAAAGGAGUGGUACAUGUUACAGCGAGGACGUCAUGAUGAUCUGAAUAGGGAGUUGGCAAACUUACGUCGUAUAGUUUUCUGGACUGAAGAGCUAGAGCACUUCCUUAGGGGGUCUUACAAAGUCACUGUUCCUUUAGCCACUGGUUUUGUAGUCUUAGAAUGGUACUUUAAGAAAACCGUUGCUGCUGAGAGGAAGGAAGCCAAGGAAGAUGCGAGGAAGCAAGCCAAGGAAGCUGCGAGCAAGUAAUGGCCAUCCGCUACUCUGUUUAGCAAUGCUGAUGUAUGUGCACUCCUAGCACCCUCCUUGUGGUAACUAUAUCUGCAAGAGCAAUUAAGCAUCUGGGAGUAAUGGUUUGCUGUGUCUGUCUUGACCCGUACGUAUUGCAUCAAAGGGCCAGUGUUUAUGGUCUGCUCUAAUUUGUGUAAGCGUACUUGUUUGUUGUACUGCUGGUGUGUUGCACUUUUUAUUGUUAGUCUGGUGAAAGUCUCAACUGGAGGUACUGUUUCUGCUGUAGAUCUACCAUUUGUGAGUGAUGUUAUGUUUCUCAUGAACCCCUUUAUUCAGG